AGUACGCAACACUAAGUACGCAUCUCUACUACGCUUUCUUUAAAGGAAAAUACAGUUCAUUUAUUAACUAUAGACAAGACACGACUUCAUAUUAGGUGUUUCACGAUACAAUAUAAUCUGUUUACCAGGUAUCCACAGUGAAACGUACUUGCAAGUUCACAUGUUAAAUGCUAAAGAUGUUAGAAAUAAGUUUAAGUUGUUCUAAAAUGAUCUGAGUUUAAAUACUGACGACAAAGUUACUAAAUAAACUACUGAGUAAAGCUACAAACGAAUAAAUUCGCUCAAUCUGCAAUGUACGCAAUUGUAAACAAAGCUAGCCACACAAAUACUGUAUAACUUAAAACUACAGCGUCCUGUAAAAGGACGACCAAGCCUCUUUUUUUUACCACAGUACUUCAACCUAACAUUAAUAAGAGAGCUUUUCUUCAGUCGUGGUGUAUUUAAAUGAGAGAGCCUUCCACCGCUGAGACACACCGUCAGCAGCAGUGUGAUGAGACACGACAGACGACAUCUGCAGUGAAACCGAGUCAGAACCGGGACAGCUGCGCUGGAACGCGCCUCACUGCACCGAGCAAUAAUAACUUCAUGCCAUCUCAACAUAAACCGCGUCCUGUCAUGAUGAUGAUCUUGUGCUUGGAAACCAUUACCUGCACUCUGUUGUUCCUUUCAACCUUCGUGACCACCUACCCAGCCGACUUGGACAAAGGACGGAGGAGAGUGGUUCAUGUAAUGGAGGACGAUACUGGAGCAGUGAUAGUCCAGACUGCUCCAGGUAAGGUAGUCACUCAUCGAGGUGGCACCAUCACCCUUCCCUGCCGUUUCCACCAUGAACCAGAGGACGUCGACCCUAACCGCAUCCGGAUCAAAUGGACGAAGGUUUCCGAUGCUUUCCAGUUUGAAGACGUCUUCGUAGCGCUGGGGCGACAACAGAAGGCAUUCGGGUCCUACCGUGGCCGUGUGUCUCUAGAACAGGCAGGGCCAGGAGAUGCUUCAGUUAUUAUUCACAACAUCACCUUGGAAGACUACGGCCGCUAUGAAUGUGAGGUCACCAACGACAUGGAGGACGACACGGGAUUUGUCAAUCUAGACCUUGAAGGUGUGGUGUUCCCAUACUACCCUCCAUCUGGACGCUACAAGCUGAACUACCACCAGGCAGAGGAAGUGUGCCGACAGCAAGAUGCAAUUCUGGCCUCCCAUGCGCAACUUCACAAGGCUUGGCUUGAGGGGUUGGACUGGUGCAACGCUGGCUGGUUAGAGGACGGCUCGGUCCAGUACCCCAUCUCGCAUCCUCGAGACCAAUGUGGCCGCAAGGAUAGCCCUCCCGGUGUCCGCAACUAUGGCUACAGGCACAAAGACGACGAACGCUAUGAUGCUUUCUGCUUUACCUCAAAUCUCAACGGACGUGUUUACUUUCUCAAACGUUUUAAGAAGGUAAACUACCUCGAGGCGGUAAAAGCAUGUCAACGGGACGACGCAAUGAUUGCCAAAGUUGGACAACUAUACGCCGCAUGGAAGAUCCAACUCUUGGACCGUUGUGAGGCAGGCUGGGUGGAAGAUGGCAGCAUCCGUUACCCCAUCGUCAACCCUCGGGCUCGCUGUGGAGGUGCAGAACCUGGUGUCCGAAACCUGGGUUUCCCAGAUAAGAAGUUCCGCCUGUAUGGAGUCUACUGCUUCCGCAGGAACACUGAUGUCCUGUCGACACAGGCUCCGAAAGAAACCACAUCCAAACCUGCUAACAGCACUAAAAGUAUCUGAAAGAUACUAGCAAAAUACUAGUAACUAGCAUGACAGACAAGGCUUUUUGCACACCUGCUAGGCUACUAGGCAACUAGGCUAGCGCUAAACUCGGGGCAUAAUUGAGCUUUGCACUUGCUUGAAAUGAGGUGUCAAUCAUCUCUAAAUUGAAAAAACAACUUUUUUUCCUCAGAGACUUUACUAGGGAAGAAUAGGACACAAUGUAUUAGCUUAAUUAUUUCACAGUAUGCAUGCAGAACUUAGCCUUCAGGUCUUUUUUGUUUUACUUUGCCGUUUCCCAGGGAAGACAAAAGUGACUUUAAUUGGCGCUAAGAAAGCAGGAAAGCUAAUUUAGGCUUAUAGUGAGUAUAAUAGCCCUCAAUGACCUGAUGAUGAGGAAGUGAUAAUGGACAGAACUUUCAUCAGAUGCUAGCAUGAUCUGGCUAGCUUGGCUGGGCUUAGCCUGCUUAUUAAAAUGAACUUUCACAGUUAUUGCAAUCUAAGUGUCUAAGCAUCAAACUGAUUAGCUUUGCCAGUUACUAUGCACCUAACACUAGACACUCAUUUUUGAUACGACCUUGCGAGCAAUAAAAUUAGGCAUGCCAUUUUCUAGAUGUUUAUUACAGUGAUAAAGCUAAAAUAUUGUGAAUGACACCUACAUCAGCUGCUUUACUACCUCUUAGUGGUUGACAAUUGCACUGUCUGUUUAGUAUUGCACAAUAUGAUUAUGCAUUUUAGAUUAAAGUUAUUUACCUGUU